AACCAUUACACAUAUCAUUUUACUUCAACUAAUCAUGGGUGCCAUCACUUACGAUACCGAGAUCCCUUCCUCCAUCUCAGCCGCAAAGCUUUUUAAGGCCGCGGUGCUUGAUGUCGACACCCUCGUCCCCAAGAUCAUGCCUCAGGCCAUCAAGAACGUCGAGAUCUUGGAAGGGGAUGGUGGCGUUGGGACCAUCAAGCUUAUCCAUUUUGGGGAAGGGAGUCAGUACAAGAGCGUGAAGCACCGUGUGGAUGCCAUCGACAAGGAGAACUUGACCCACAGUUACAGCAUAGUUGAGGGCGAUGUUCUUGGAGAAGCUAUUGAAUCCAUUACUUAUCAUGUCAAGAUCGUCCCGACUGAAGAUGGAGGAAGCAUUUGCAAGAAGAGAAGCAUCUACAACACAAAGGGUGAUGCUGUGAUUAGUGAGGAGAAGAUCAAGGAAGGGAAAGAGUCGGCCAGUGCUAUGUUCAAGGCCAUUGAGGCUUACCUCCAUGCCAAUCCUGAUGCCUAAAAGCUACAAUAUUGAUAACCACCUUGUUUGAAUACUAUGCAUGUUUGUUUGUGUAAUUUCUUCUUUUUGUUUUUUUUUUACUUUGAGUUUUCCAAUUAAUAACAUGUAUGAAUUAUGAUCA